CAGUAAAAUGUGAUAUACGGAGGUUCUUGAUUUAUUUUUAUUUUUAUUUAUUUUUUAUAAUGAAAUCAUAGUUUACUGUAAAAUGGGCGCAAACCUAAAAGCGGAGGAAGUGUUGUAUUUAAAUAACAUCGAUGAUUUAAUUUUUGAAGAGGAAUGCAAUGAAGAAAAAAUAUCAGAAAACGAGUUUACUAAAAAUGUAAAAACAGAACUGUGUUCCAUCGAAGAUUCAAGGUUCAAGUCGGAGUACGAGCAGUACGAGAAUAAAUAUCAAAUAAAUCACGAAGUUUUAAAAAGUGAAUCAGAUGAAGAAUCGCGAAAACCAAAAGUUAUUGAGAAAAAUGUUUUAAAACUUAAGGGGGCUAGGCGCAAACGCACACGUCGUGCCAUAUACGCGUGCAAAGAGUGUAACUACAGAGGAGCUUCCGAAUCAAAUUUUGAGAGACAUAAACUGAUACAUGCAGACCCAGACAAAGUAAAGUGGUAUCAUUGCCCUGUAUGUCAUUACAAAACUAAAUAUGAUUAUACAUUGAAAAAUCAUGAAAUUAUUCAUAAAAAAUCUGAGGAAUUGACAUACUUUAAUUGCCAAUUUUGUUCUUACAAAGCAAUUAGAAAAACAACUUUAAAGAAUCACAUACGCAAUCGUCACAUCCUUGUUAACCAUUACUACUUUUGCGCCCAAUGCAAUUAUAGAACCAAUUGCAAGGAUCGUCUGAAAACACAUAUUUUCGGUACUCACUCCCAGAAGCUCUUUAAUUGUGCAAAAUGUAACUUCAUUACUAAUUCUGUACGUAACUUAACUGGUCAUAUGCAGAGAAUUCAUAUGAACAGUAGCUCAAAUUUUUGUAGUCUGUGUGAUUUUGAGGGCAAAACCCCAAGAGACGUGAAAAGGCAUGCGGAUCGCAUGCAUUACAAAUCUCAGCAAAAAUUAUUCAGCUGUCCACAGUGCCCCUUUCAGUCUAUUUACAAACACAAUGUUCAAAAGCAUCAAAUACACAUGCACGAAAAUUCAAAAGAUGUAGAAAAGUUUAUUUGCGGGCAUUGUAUGCGGGAGUUUCGCUACAAGUGUCAGCUGAAGGCGCAUAUAUUAAGGAAACAUGUGCACUUCACUAAAGAUGAUUACACCAAGUGCCCACUUUGCCCUUAUAAGUGCAAGGUUCCUUUUGCAUUGAAGCGACAUACUGAAUUAAAACACAAAAAGAUUAAAUUGAAGUGCGAGAAGUGCAAUUUUGAAACAUCAAGGAAAAUUUCAAUGACUGCGCAUGUGAAAACUCACAAUUUGGAUGCAGAUGUUUAUUUGUGCAAUGAAUGCCCAUAUAGGGCGACCUCUGUGUCUUCCUUCAAAUACCACAUGGAGAAAUUUCAUGAUAUAACGGUGGGGCAUAAAAAUGCUUGCCAAUUUCUAACAAAUGGUGCUGAAUCUAGUUAAUGGUGCUAAAAUAUGAUUUUUUUUAUUAAUGUGCAAUGAUUUCAAUUUUUUUUAUACUUGCAGAGAUCAUCUGUUUUUACAUGUUUUCUCAUGUAGCCCUUAGUUUAAAUUAAAGGUUUAAAACCUCAAAAAUGAACUGUCAUCUCGAUCUGUUUUGCAAAAUGCUUUUACCGAAGGUGUACUUUUUCUACGACCGUCAGAAAAUGUACCCAAAAACUAACGGUCGUAGAAAAAGUAUAGUAUGCAACAUGUUCGGUAAACUUUUUAACUCACUUGUUGACUCGCUCCGCUGAUGUCAAAUAAACUCGUGAGUCAAAUGCCGUUUAUGACACUUGUUGCAUAAUAUACUAUUGAUUGUUAUUGGCUCCAAAUUCCUGAGACAUUUUUAAACAAACUAUAUUAACAAUACCACCAUUAACAAAAUAUCUAUAUAUUUUCAAUUUUUGCAACACUGACAACUCACAACAGCAUCCCCAUCAAGGUUUUGAAAGGUCCAGCAAUUCAUUUUACAGGUUAUAAGUCCUUCCAUUGUUUAAGAUACUUUUUAAGUAAUAUAGUUAUUUUGUAUU